CCGUUAAUCUAAAGACUAUGCCAUGUGUACAUUUUAAACACGAAGUACAAAGAUAAUAUUUUUUAAACCAGCAGUCUCAUUCUGAGCCUUGCUUCCUUCUCCUAUGAUAUAAUCCAUAACUUUGUUCACCUCUCCAGUCUAGACAUGCAUUUUUAGACCACACCCCAGCCAACUCACUCCUGGUACCCCUCUCUCUUAGCUCACUGCCUUUUCCUGGGUACUUCUCAUUUAGCCCCACCCCAGGAGUCUUCCUCCCUCUGGGCUGCUCUGGAACACAAAGAUUGUCCCUCCCUAAGAGUGAAGGCGGGUGUGGUUUUUUUUUUUUUUUUUGUUCAGCCUCACCCUCAGGAAGAUGCAUCUUCCCCCUCUUCUACUCUGUGGUACUUCCUCUCUGGCUGAUUUAGUCGACAGACUUAGAAGUGGGACCAAGACCCUAGCACUAGGACAGAUUCAGGAAUUGUCUGUCCCAUGACUCUGCCCUGACCCUAGACGUGGCAUUGGUUUCUGAUCAGCAUCUGGAAAACCUUGUCCCUCUGAUGGCUUCAAACACUACAUCUCCUGCAGCAUCUUCCUCUCCUGGUGGCAUGUCUCUGUCUCUGCCUAUUGCCCUACUGUCUGUGGCGCUGGCUGUGGGGCUGCCUGGAAACAGCUUUGUGGUGUGGAGCAUCCUGAAAAGGAUGCAGAAAUGCACUGUCACUGCCCUACUGGUGCUGAACUUGGCUCUGGCCGACUUGGCUGUGUUGCUCACUGCUCCCUUUUUUCUACACUUCCUGGCUCAAGGCACGUGGAGUUUUAAAGUGACCGGUUGCCGCCUGUGCCACUAUGUUUGUGGAGUAAGCAUGUACGCUAGUGUCCUGCUUAUCACCAUCAUGAGUCUGGACCGCUCAUUGGCAGUGGCCCGCCCCUUUGUGUCCCAGAAGGUGCGUACUAAGACAGUUGCCCGGUGGGUGUUGGCAAGCAUCUGGGUGGUGUCUUUUCUGCUGGCCACACCAGUCAUUGUGUACCGUACAGUAAAAUGGAACAACAGGACUCUGAGUCUGGUCUGCCAGCCGGAUUAUCCCAGCGACGGGCAUAGAGCCUUUCACCUGCUCUUUGAAACCAUCACGGGCUUCCUGCUGCCCUUCUUGGCGGUGGUGGCCAGCUACUCUGACAUCGGACGCAGGCUGCAGGCUCGGCGCUUCCGCCGCAGUCGCCGCACCGGCCGCCUGGUGGUGCUCAUCAUCCUGGCCUUCGCCGCCUUCUGGCUGCCUUACCACCUGGUGAACCUGGUGGAAGCAGGCCGCGCACUGACGGGCUGGGACGUGGACGACUCUGCGGGAAAUCGUCUGACGCAGGCCCGCUACGUGCUCAUCGCGCUGGCCUUCCUGAGCAGCAGCGUGAACCCGGUGCUGUACGCGUGCGCGGGCGGCGGCUUGCUGCGCUCAGCAGGCGUGGGCUUCAUAGUCAAGCUGCUGGAGGCCACUGGCUCCGAAGUGUCCAGCCUGCGCCGCGGGGCCACCCUGGGCCAGACCCAGAAGUCCACACCCGUCUGUCCUGAGCCAGGCCCCACCGACAGCUUCAUAACCUCCUCCAACCCCUCCUGAGUGAAGAGAACUGAAGUAGGCUGAGUUUCGGAAAGGCAUUCAUAACUCUGGCCUGACCUACUCCUGUAUCUGGAAGAGAACAGGCUGGGGAUUGGGCUCAAGCGGAAAAGAGGGAGGGGUGGGGCGAGUCAGGGCAAAGAGACAACAUGCUCUGGCCUGGCUUCUGCAGGCAGUUUUAGGAUUAAAACUAAAGUCUCCCAGACCCUACUCCAAAUAACUUGACAGGUUUUGAUGAUCCCUCCUGGAAAGUAUCACCUCCCUGUGGAGUGUGUGU